GGCCUUCUCGCGCAUCUUAUACGCGUAUUCCCGUACAGAAAAUGGCCGCCAGCUGUCACUCGACUCUGCAGUGUAGCUUGUUGUGAAGAACGCGACGCGAGAAGGAACGCAGGGCGGUUCUCUUCGGACGGACGGGCACGCCGCGGCACAGCGCGAUGCGAAUUACAUAACGUCGUGCGUUUCGCUCGCUGAAACCGACGUGUUUAGCUGUGAAUGAGAGAGAGAGAGGGCCAGAAGAGAGCGGCGAAGGGGGAACGGGAAUACGAGUCCGCGGCGCGCCAGCGACGGGGCCCCCCACGACGGUGUUGCCUCCACGGUGCCAUGAGAGUGCGGCCAGUACGGCUGUUUACAAUUUUUCUUUCACGCAAAACGUGCGACGACUAGUGUGCGCGUCUACGAUCGACAGCGCGGUCGAUCCACCUCAUCCUUUUUUCUCGGCAUAUUUCGCGUGAACGCAGGAUUGUUUUCGCGACCACGUUCCGACGCCACCGCUCGUGCUGCCACGAUACGAGACACCUCAGACCCGAAUUCUCUCUCGAAUCACGUUUACAUCCUCGAGGACGCGCACGACCAAGAGAAGCAGCAUGGCAUCCAGUCAACAAUUUUCGCUUAGGUGGAACAAUUACCUAAAACACAUCACGUGUGCUUUUGAUAUGUUAAGGACAGACGAAGAACUUGUAGAUGUUACUCUGAGCUGUGAAGGCAAAAGAAUUAGGGCACAUAAAAUGCUCCUGUCUGCAUGUAGUACAUACUUUAGAGAUUUAUUUAAGGAAAAUCCAUGUCCACAUCCCGUCAUAAUAUUUCGUAAUGUAAAAUUCGAAGACUUGGCUGCCUUGAUAAACUUUAUAUAUCAAGGUGAAGUGAACGUUCUUCAGGAACAGUUAGCAAGCUUUCUCACAACGGCAGAACUCUUAGCGGUGCAAGGCCUUACAGAUGGCACAGGAAAAGACAACGAUGGUCUAGUAGAGGACGAAAUAGAGAUCCCCAACGAGCCUGAAGUCCAACUGCAGAACACUUCUGGCAAAUCCAUUGGUGACAACAAGCGAAAUAAGUCACCGUCCUCUCCGAUGCCAUAUCACGCGAUCGAUCUGCAGCCCGAAGCGUUCCCGAACAAAAGGAGAAAAACGCGUGACAGCACUAACGCGAGCAGUGCGGAGAAGAACUCGGCAGCGAGCAACUCGUCGGCGAAGGAUCCCGAUGGGAAAACGUUGGAGAAUCAGGUAGGGCCGGGUUCCGAUCCAGUCGAAAUAAUUCCUCUCAUGCCAAAGUUGGAGAUGCCCGAAUACCUGGAACAAGACGGCAGCAGCUGUAGCUACGAGGAUCAGAGUAUAGGUGACAGCACGCUGAAUAAAGUUGCCAUGGACGACACGUCGUCGAACACUCCCGAUCACGAGCAGAAGCCCGACAUCAGCCAGACGUUUUACUCGAAUCCAUUGUCAUCGGAUGUCCUAGACAGCAAUCAUCAAUCGGCAGACGCUAGACAUCUACUUUCCAAACCAAGUACUUCGGGGGAGAGGGCAUCACAGGAAGCAGUACAGGGGGGGGUGGGACGCAAUCGGAAGCACGUUGGCGAUACAACUGGUCAGGUGGUGAUGCAGGGUCCGGGGCGUUUUCCGUGCCGACUCUGCGGAAACGUUUACAGGCACCUUGCUUCGCUGACCCAGCACCUCGAAGUGCAUCGCAACCAGACUACCUGCAUCGUCUGCCACACCACUCUCAGUCGUAGAACCGACCUGCGGCGUCACAUGCGCCUGAAACACCAAAUACCCUGGCAAAAAACGAUCCACAGGCAGCGCAGCCCGAAAAGCGAAUUGGACUCGUAGAUCCACCGCACCGCUCUUUUUCUCUCUAUUUCUUUCUCUUUUUAUCUCUCUCUGUCUCUCUUUCUCUCUCUAUCUCUCUCUUUCUGUCGGGCGAAAAGUCGAUAACAGCCGUGAUAACAGAUAUCGAGUCAUCAUUGUCAGCGGUGAUCGCCAUCGUUACCGAAUGGAUGCGAGCGAAUGCGCCUCUUUGCGCCGCCCUUGUAAGCUCUUGAGAGACGAGAGACUCUCGCAGAGGGAAGAACUCACGCGCCUUGUUGCCUGCUAAUUUCUUCUUGCGAUGCGUGCGUGCGAAUACGUUGAAAACCUGGGAGUAUGCGCUCUCCUGGGGAAAUAUUACUGUACCUUGAUUUUUUUAUUUAAAGAGAAAACGAAUUAUACUGUUGCUGUAAACAAUGUUGCUUCUCAGGACAGUCGAAAAGGAAACUUGGUCUCCCGUUGAACUCGACGGGACGAACACAAUGUGAAAUAUCCAUCUUGCACCUCAGCUUCCUUUCCCUUUUUUGGAAUAAAUAAAAACAUUUUUUUCUAUAAUUUUACAUCGUUUAGCCAGCAUUCGAUCAUUGUGACCAAAUUACUAUACAUUGAACGGAAGUUAUGGAUGGGAAUGUGAAUUGUCUGAAUGUGUACGCUUACUUCAAUCAAAGAUCUGAGUCUGGCUAAAACGAUGGAUAUUUCUAGUGGAGUAUUAAAUAUUCGUAUAAUCGUGCGAAAAUCAUGCACCUUCGUUGAUACAUUUAGAUACGUUGGAAUCCACGGAAUCGUCGAACUUGAAAUUCGUUAACGAGUGUAAAAGCGGCGGAUGAACGAAAUUGGAGAAUGUGUCGAAUGAAAAUUAGAGAAUUCCCGUAUCCUGAAAAAGAUACGAGAAUAAAAUAUAAAAAUAAGCUGUGCAUUAAUAGCAUGCAAAAGUAAUUGGAUAUGAGCGUUUCUUAAAUUUAUAAUCCAACUAUAUUUAAUUGAAUAUCUAACGAUAUUUAACUUGACUUCGUCGAGAUUCUGUUCGUCCGCCGUGACACAGUUAGGUUGCUAAAAAAUUAGUGAAUAGUCACGCUUCGAUAUUUGAUUUGCGAGAGACGAUCGUGAGGCUGGUAACGCCUCACGGUUUUCUCUUUUGACUCGGCGGUUACCGAUACACAGUUGCUGGAGUCAUUUAGAUGCGUUUCUGCGAGAAAAUUGAUGUGUCUAGCUUUGCUGUAUGCGCGUAUUUAUCUUCGCUAAGUGUGCGUUAGCGCGGUUUGACAAUUGUGUUGUACAUUAGCGGAUUGCGCGAGUUCGCGCUCUUAGGCGCUGUUAAGAGGCGAGAAUUAUAAGUGAUAUGUGUUUAAGGAUCUGAGUAUCGUAUACAUCACAGAUGACACGCAACGGAGGCGGCUCUACCGUGCGAGGCCGAUCAGGACAUGUGUAUCCACGGGAUCUUCCUGUAACGGCCGCAUAGAUACGAAGAUUUAAAGUCAUGUGCAUUUAGAAAAGCUGAUCAAUAUAUGUCACUUACACGAGGUGCCAGAAUAUGCACGAAAGGAUCUUUAUACAUGAAAAAUCGCGAAUUGUGCAAUACUCCUAGAAGAGCCAGUGGAAAUCUGAAGAUUUUUACGAGGAUUUUUAUUAAGAAAAGACGUUCGCAUGAAAGAAAAAUCUCGUGCUCGCAAAGUACUUGCGUAAACGAGAUCUGGAAUAUACAAAGUCGUCGUAUUCGUGAGGACUUUUUGACUAGGACGAAAGAGCCUUGUAUUUUUUCGCGUGAAGCCCGGCUAGCUGUAGAGUCGCCUCUCCUCCGAGCAAGUGAAUCGGCGGUCUUGAAGGAUUCUAGUCAUAUUGCUAUACGGGACAUUGUAGCUAUCGAGAUCUCUAUCGCUCGUUCACACACAGGACUUAUAAACGGAUCGAAGUUAUUUUUUUAUACUCCUCGACGCACCCGGGGGGUGCUCUUCUCUGGCGGUCGCUGUGUCCUCAUUGCAGGACGUCGCUCUGCAACGUCAUAAUCCUCCCUCUGCAGCCACCGACCCGACACGUUUACACGGACUCUGUUUACACGCUUUAUGUACGCCACUUACGUGCCGACGUUUCUUUGCGAACGAUUCUCAGGCUCGGUGUGCACCCAAAAAGCUCGCUCUCCUUUAUCGAUAUGUAAUCCGAUCGUUAUUUUCACAUAUCAGUCACAGCAGCCUGAGUCUAGUAUCUUCUGUAGCACAUCCGCAUUCAGUAUCCUGGAUCCUGGAUGAGUCCAUUAUUCCGUUAUUCUUAAAUUUACAGUACAUGAUUUCACAAGAUUAUCUGUUUUAUAAGUAAAACUUUUAGGUGUAACAUGAUAGCGUCGAAUCUUGAAAAUGCAUUUGUCGAAUAUGAUCUUUGAUAUGACGAAGUUUUUGGGUGUACAUCAAGUUUCGGCUUCAGCUGUCGAGACACAGCGCAUAGACAGUGCCUUACACACAAAUACCUGGUUUUACAUUAUAUGCAUUGACUUCUCCAGAUGUUUACCAUAGACAAGAGUAUAUCUAACGAUGCAGAGCAUCCGGAAAGUAGCCGUUAAUUCCGUUACCGGCCUCGUGUAAACAUUGUCUCUGUAUGAAAGCGCGAAAGCAGCGUUUCUCAGUGUCGAAAAAUCUCACAUAUAUUUUUGUCUUACACUUAGGAUGGAAAAAAUUAAGAUUGGUAUGAAAAUAUGGCAGUUAACAAUUAAUAGAAAUUACAAAUCCUAUAAUAGUUCUUAUAGUUUUAUUAUUUUAAAUUAUGAUAACAAUUAUAAUAUUUUAAGUGUUACAAUUUCAUUUAAUUUAUUUUUCUCGCUCAGGAUAUGAUGGGAAAGGAAGAACAUUCUCAAUUAUAUUUAAUUAUAUUAUAUUAUUUAAGAGUUUGUGAAAUUAUAUUUUGGAAGAUUUGAAUUCUACACCUAUGUAGAAAGUAUACGAUCUCAUGUAAGAAUUGCAGAUAUUAUGUUAAAGAUCAUAAGAUAUUUCUUAUUUAUUUAUCGCGAUAUAUUCGACGUAAUUAUUAUACAUAGUUUUUUUUAAUGUUUAUAAUUUAAGACAUUAAUUAACAUUAAUUAAACGUUGGGGAAGCGCUGAUUUCGACUGCGUCUGCGAAUUGCGUCAUAUGUAUCCAAAGAUCUGAAUAUAAUGCAUCGCCGUUACCGUUGUUGUUGUUAUUAAGUAAGCAAUCUACAUACACGGGAGUGACUUCGCAAGCGGGGAAUAUCUUAUUUUAGCGAGCGCAUUCAAGGGUAUUAUGCAACAAGUAGUACAAUAAUCGAGUAUGAGACGUGUACGACGUGCGAGCGUCUGCAUUUUCGUUUCGUUUUCGAGAGAGUGACAUCGCACUUGCGCACCUGACUAUUUACUCGUAGGAUAUAAGUGAACGUAAUCGUAAUUGUUGAUCUUAGCACGGGAAUUUCGCGUCACCGCGUCUAGAACGAAUGCCUCAUUUAUUAUCGAUAACUCAUUAAUUGCCGCUUAGAGAAUCGCGUUGCAGUCGAUUACGUUUUUAACGCUCUAAACCGGACGAUAUGGAACGAUGUCGUAAUUUUCGCGUUAAUGGUUGGCAUUUAAAUUAAUUAAAUGCAAAGCGAAUGUAUACAAGAGGAUUUACGGCGAAAUCUCUAUCAGGGACUCUCAAACUUCGCAAAAUUAAUUCAAAUUUGCAUCUAGAAUUAUUGCAUAGACUCCAAGUUUUUAUACAUAUAAAACUAUUUUACUUUACUAACAAUUUAACAAACUCUUUAUUUUUGCCUUUUCUGGAAAAAUUAUUUACAAAACUAUCAAUUUUUUAUGCAGAACAUAAUGCUCUAAUUUCUUUUUGUCCAUUGUUUAUUGUAAGUUAUCCUUGUAGCAAUAAAAAAUUAUUAAGUAACUUAUAUGUUUUAUAUUGAUUAAUGUGAAAGAGAAAUUAUAAUAUGAAUAAGACAUAUUUUCUACGAAUACAAUCAAAGGCAGAAAAUUUUUAUAACGAAGUUUAAGCAUCCCUGCAACAGAUAAAUCACGAUAUAUAUUGUGAGGGUAAAAGAUUGACGGUACGCACACAUAUAAUGUAAGAAAGAAGCGUAAGAAUCAAGAUGAAAAAAUAUCUCGAUAAAAAUCUUAAUUACAGGAGGAAUGGAAAAGUAUCAUAGUUUGAUAAGAUGAAGUGUGCGGAUAAACGGAGACAAAAAUAAGAUGAUUGAUGGAAAUAUAAAAUUGUUAGAACGGCAUAAUAUGACAAAUGCAAAUUAUACCAAAUGAGAAGAUCUGUAAUUUUCAACACUCGAAACAUGAUUCUGUCUGCGUAGACAUGUUCGAGGUUAAAGUUUUGAUGCAACAAUUCAGGUAAUUAGUAUCUUAGAAAGAAAAAUGUAACAAUAUUUACAAACUUUAGUACUGACAAAUAAUAUAUAGAUACAGACACAGCAUGGUCGCAUGAUUCUACCUAUAAAUUUCUAGAAACGAUAAAAAUAUUUGAAAUAGAUUACCUCCCAUGCAAGAAAGCUGAUGUUAUUCCCUUAUUCUGCAUCGAAUUUAUCGCAAUUAAUAUCGCAAUUAAUAUCGAUUAAUCAAAGUUUUCUUGAACUCAAAUCAGGAUAUAAUAAAUUUUUAGCUUGGAAGUUUGACAGAUUAAUGAGUUCUAUGCUUCGAGUACAAUUUUAACAGAAAUCAUUCGGCUCGAUUGCCGAUUCUAAAACUUUAUCGGUAGAUUGUGCUUCGAUUGUGCUUCCAUUCUGUACGUUGUAAUGAAAAAUUGAGGACGCUGUCUCAAAAAGAAAAGCUAUUUGAUCUUUUGUUUUACCCUGAAGCUACCAUUUCGAAAUCCCUGUUUGACAGAGAUCAUCAUACACACAUACUUGUGCUGCUCGAAUAAAGAUCUUAAAAAAAUGGUUUCAGUAUAAUGAAUGGUUAAUUCUCAUUAGAAAGAGAAGACAGCGGAUGUGUGUAGUCGCAGCGAGUUUAGGAUUACAGUUAACUGUAGAUAUCGUGAAAGACAGUGUCGGUAGCACACGAAACAUUGCGUUCUCUAUUCAGGUACAUGUUACGUUCGGUAUCGUAAUUGUGAGCUUGUAACUUAAUUAAAAAAUCGUGUAAGACUACGCUUUCAGAUGUUAUCGCAGUAAUGUAAAUAAAAGAAUUUCUGAUGGA